AGCGAGUAGAAUCAGAGAGAAUCCGGGUUGAGUCCGAAGAGAGUCCGAUUAGAGUCCGCAGUCCGUAGUCCGGGAGUCCGCAGUUGAGUCAGUCGGAGAGUCCCGUAGAGACGAUGAGGAAUUGAAAGAGAGGCGGUCAGCGGAGAGCUGCCACGGUCGGGCCGCCUCGGUCGGGGCGGCCCCGGCAGGCCGUAGGAAUAGGCGUCGACAGAGAUGCCGGGAGGGCCGUCGACGAGACGUCGAGAGGGACGUCGUGAGAGAUCUCGAGAGGACGCCGAGAGGAACGUCGAAAGAGACGUCGUGAGGGCAGUCGAGAGAGGCGUCGAAAGAGAUGUCGAGAGGACGGCGAGAAGAACGUCGAAAGAGACGUCGUGAGGGCAGUCGAGAGAGAUGUCGAGAGGACGCCGAGAAGAACGUCGAAAGAGACGUCGGGAGGGCAGUCGAGAGAGGCGUCGAGAGAGAUGUCGAGAGGACGCCGAGAGGAACGUCGAAAGAGACGCCGAGAGGAACGUCGUGAGGGCAGACGAGAGAGACGCCGAGACAACACAGUUCGCAUAAUCCGUACCACCUAUCCGUCAGGAUCCUGUAAUGGCUGAAGAAGAACUUGGAGGUGAAUUCGGAGAAGGAGAUGAGUUGGGUAUAAGAGAAGGACCGUUUGAAACAAUCUCGCAGUACCAAAUCCCAUGGGACAAAGAGACAAAGAGGAAGUUUUUUAGUCGGGACUGUGGUCACGUUAUCGUUAUUACGAAUGAAGAACUUACUCAGAAGCACCUCGAAGAGAUAAAAACCGUAGUUACACUCAAAGAUAACAGGGUAUACAAAAGUAGGUACGAUAGGUAUAACGGGAAGUACAUCAUCGAAGCUCUGAGAAAGGCACAGGUGCAUGUGCAGCCGAAGAAAAGAAAAGAGAUCACGGGUGAAGGGGAGGACGUGGCGGAAGAAGAGGCGGAAGAAGAAAGCGACAAAUACGACGAGGAUAUCGAUCCCGAUGAAAACGACGACGACGCCGAAGAUUUCGAAGAAGACAAAAGCGAAGACGACUACGGAGAGUUGAGUUUCGAAUCGGAUUCUAUCGAUUCGAUGGAAUACUUCACGAACCAGUUGAAAAAGGUCAAAGAGCCGCUCACGGAAAAAGACCGACUCAUUCUAAACCGUAUUCAAGAAAUGGAGACGAUCGACGCGCGGAGGAUUAAAAAGGACAUUUUCUUGUUGGAUAAACUUUACUCGAAAUUUUAUAGAAGGAAUCCUGCGAGAGAUGGGGAAGAAAUGGAAGAGGAAGAGGUGAAAGAGGACCCACCCCCCGAGGACGAGGUGGUCAACGCGUUUCCUUUGGUCAAAGAGCCGGAUAGACUGUCCAUAGGAGAAUUUUACGAAGACGGAGAGGAUUUAAGCGAAGAGGGAAGCGAAAACGAAUCGGAAAACAAAUCCGACCACGGUCACGGAGGGUCGGUGGACGAAGAAUUCGAACAGAUGAAGAUCAAUCAACUGGAAGUAGACUUGUUCGACGACCUGAUAAGUGUGUACGAAAUGGAUUCUUAUUAUUUAACAGAUCUCGAUAUCAAACAUAUGGAUGCGAACUUAAACGCGUUGAAUAAUUACGAUUUCCCAAUCGAUUAUUACAGCAACUAUGACCCUAAAAGCGUUAAAGCGUUGUCCUUCAUCGAAUAUAAAACCCUCCUUGACUAUUUGGAAGGGCCUGUGCCCAAAUAUCACAAGGCCGGUGACAUCUCCCGCGAUAUGGGCUUCCUGGGAAAAUUGGACCGCUCCAGCAAGAUACCAUACGUACAAAAGCCGAAGAAGGAGAAGAUAAAACUCAAAUUCAAUGACGUCAACGAAUUCGGCGAGUACGAAAAAUUUGAAAUGAUAAUGGACGGAAAGUUGACGCCCCAGGACUUGGUGCCUAAAAGCGGUGUGGAUAUAAUUUGGGAAAAUUUUUUCCUCAAGAAAUACAAACGGCCGACUCCUGGCUCACUCGCGAGAGUUUCCAACCAAUCGAUAUUGCAGUACAAACAGAUGAAAAUUCCGCUUGGGGAGGCGAGCGACCAGUUCGCAAUCGUGAGAAGAGCGGUCCCGUCGCCCUCAGCGCAAGAACUCACUCUCCCGACUGUGAUCAAAGAUUACGUAAGACACGAAAUGCAGAUCAUCGACGAGCUAAUACCGCCCUCGUCGGAAAUCUUCCAUAUCAUCUCCACUGUAGGGAUGAAGCCCGAAAAGAAAUACACUCUCGGAAAGUGUAAUGACGAGAGCAAAUUUUUCGUGAUGAGGACGUGCGGUACUGUUAUUUUUGAUAUUUCCCGAUCGAGAAACGAGCUCAGCGACUGUUGGUACUACAUUAAACAGUAUAUCGAAUUGAUGGACAAAAAAGAAAUCACAGAAAUGACAACUGUAACGACACCGCGACAUUUAAUUUUAAUAACGAAUUUUCUUAGUUGGGCUCAAAGUGAAGCCGAAGUGAGAGCGACUAUAAACGAGGAUAACUUUCUGAAAAGGAGGCCACACCCGGAUUACCAAGAUUAUUACAACUUAGAAAAUUUUUUGUAUAAAAUAGGACAGAACACUCUUUUCGGUUUAAAAACGACUAUAAUUUUCUCCGGUAUUCCAAUCGGUUAUGAGGAAGACGUUCUACUAUAUAUCUUCAAAAUGGCUUGGGACAACGAAAAAGAAAUUCCCAUCUUUGGCCAUGGGAAAAACUUCCUUCCGCUCUUACACAUCGACGAUCUGGCGAAAGUGGUCGUGAACACGGUUAACAGACGGCUGUACCCUCCGAUGGUGUUCGCCGUCGGUACCAACUCCGUCAAUCUUAUGAAAUUGGCUAAACAGGUCGCGGCCAAGCUUGGCAACGGCAGAGUGGUCAAAAUUCCUUCGAAAACUUACACGGAACGCACUUGCAUACCGAAAAUAAUAUUCGACCUGCUCCAACUGAACGUGAAAGACGGAGCGGUCGACACAAUGCACAUGGUCAGACCUCGCUACGACGAUCCGUUCCUCAACAACGUCGACGAAAUAAUACACGAGCUGAAAUAUCUCCGCAAUUUGGCCGAAGUCACGAUCCUUCUCGUCGGGCCUCCCUCGAAAGUCAAGUUCGAAAUAGCUCUUCUCUUGAGUCGAUUUUACGAAUUGCCAGUAUACCACAAAGACAACAUCGCGGAAAGGUUUCUGGCUUAUCAAGAGAUGUUAAACACUAAAGAGCCGAAGGAGGAAGAAGAGGCGAAAGAAGAAGAGGAGGAAAUGGGUGAAGAAGAGGAGCAGAAAGAGCAGCCCAUCGACCCCGAAAUCAUAGCUCUGAAGAAGAUAUUCGAAAGUAAAGCGAACAACGUGAAUAAUCAAUGGCUCGCCAAAAGCUUGCGGACAUUGCUGACGUCGACUUACGUCAAGAACCACGGCUACAUACUCGUCGAUUUUCCCGUCAGGUCCAAAGACGCUUUCGUCCUGUUCGAACAAAAGAUAAGUAAUAAAGGGCACGAAGAGGAAGAAGAAGAAGAAGACGACAAAACCGUAGACCAAACAUCGCAAGUCACCUUCCCAGAAUUCAUAUUCAUUGUCGACGCCCCGCUGACAUACGUCAACACCGAGUUUAUUUACUGUCAAACCCUCGAUCUGAAAAGCACCGAGGACUUGCUCGCAGACUUGGAAGAGUACAUUUACUUCCGGAACACGAACCAGUCGGUCAGAGAUUACAUAGAGCGGAUGAACCACAGGACGUAUCCGUUCAACAUAUGCGACGGCGAGGACAUAUUUAAUAAAAUGAUCGCUAUCCUCGGCCCGCCCAAGACGAACAACGGCUCCCAAGCGUUCAUGCAGUACUUGAAAUACUUCGGCAAGUUCAACCCGAUCAACUCGUUCACCAUGGUACACCAAAAGAACAUGGAAACGUUUUUCGAUCAGGCCGAAGGAUGGAUGGAGAGGACGAUGGACCUGCCUUACCACGAGAAGACAUACAGCCUCAGGGAGUUUUACCUCUGCAAUCCGGCGCAAAUGUUCUACGCGAGAAACCGAUACGACGCCACGCCGAUACGCGAGGUGAUGAGGUCCAAAACGUGGGGCUACAACGUCAUCAAACACCACUUCGCAAACAAAUCGAGUGUGUUCCGCGAACUACCGAGCUCCCAUCCGAGACAGUAUUGGAAAUCGCUUCGCUCAUUUUGGUUUUAGACUAUUAAAAGUGUUAAAGUGUGUACAAUGACAAAAACAAAAAAACAAGUGGAAUAGGAGCGAAUUUGAAAAUUACUGACAUCACAUGAUCAAAAAGCGAAAAAAUUCCACCUGGCAAUAAAGAUUAUACUGUAAAUGUAUAUUAUUUUGUUAAUAAACCAUUCGGCUACAUUUUAAAA